GUGACGCAUGGAACUUGCUGGUGGUCUAAUGCCAGCUUGUGAUUCUGGGGAUUUCCCCUUUCAAACCUGAGAAACAAAAAGCGAAGUGCAGGCUGAGACAGUACGAGAGUCAGUGACAGAAGACCAGCAGCCGGCAGGUACUGGACCUGCAGCGAACGACAGACAGCAAGAGCGGAGAGGCAAAGACGCAUUCGCUUGCUGAAGGGGGUGGUCUCAAUGUAGCGGCGGCAGGCGAUCAGACGAGCGACACACACGUACCGAGGGGUUUGGUAUCGGGGCUCGCCCCUUUCUCUCAACAGCUAGGGGUCAAUUCUACAUUCCCCGUACAAUCCGUUGAAUCCAUACAUGGCGAUUAGCGUGGGUCACUCCAGGUGAAUCCAGGCACAGUGAAGAACUGGUGCUGAAGAGAUUGAAAAUUCCAUGUUUAAAACCAUCUUUAAAAGUCCAUAAUCUGAUUAAACCUACUUUGGAAUCGCAGUUUGGAAUUCUGAAAGAUAAAAGCGCAUCAAAAAAUGAAUGAGAAUAAUUCACUUUUGUUUAACUCAACUUCAAAUUCAACCACUUCUUACACUACAGAUGAAGAUAAUGAAAUUGAUUGUGGCGAUAAGAUCUUGCGUAUGGAAUCCUUCAUGAUCCUCACAGAAAGCCAAAAGAAAGUCGUUGCCGUGCUGUGUUUAACAGUGGGGCCAUUUACUGUGUUGGAGAACAUCUUAGUUUUAUGUGUGAUACUCUUAACUCCGCAUCUCCGAAGUCGACCCUCUUAUUUAUUCAUUUCUAGCCUUGCAACUGCCGACCUCAUGGCAAGCAUUAUAUUUGUUUACAGUUUUGUUGGCUUCCAUGUCUUUGAGCACAAGGACAAUAAUAACAUCUUUCUGUUUAAACUAGGAGGUGUCAUUGCAUCAUUCUCAGCUUCAGUGGGCAGUUUGCUACUCACUGCGAUUGACAGAUACAUAUGCAUUCACAAGCCAUCUGAAUACAGGACAAUUUUAACAAUGAGGAAAGCAGUGAAAUGUCUUUUCGUUUUGUGGUCAGUUGUUAUUUCGAUAGGUUUAUUUCCUUUGAUGGGAUGGAAUUGCUGUGAUUCACAUUAUAAGUGUUCUGAGCUAUUUCCUUUAGUUGAUGAAACCUAUUUAAUUUCCUGGAUAAUGCUUAUUACCUGUCUGUUAGUUUUAAUAAUUUAUGCCUACAUACAUAUUCUCUGGAAGGCCCAUUUCCAUUCAGUCCACAUGGAAAAACAGAAAGAAGGAAGGAAAUGUCAAUCAAAAUUGGGCCACACACGCAUAGACAUUAAACUUGCCAAAACACUAGGUCUAAUAUUAAUCAUUUUAAUUACUUUUUGGUCUCCAGUCUUGGCUAUAAUGACUUUUGAUAUAUUUGCGACGGUAAGCAAAGAUACCAAAAAGGUCUUUGCUUUUUGCAGCAUGUUAUGUUUGCUAAAUUCGACUUUGAAUCCAAUUGUGUAUGCACUAAGGAGCAAAGACAUGCGCAGUAUACUCGUAAACAUCUUGUCUGGGUGCAAGAGGCAGUCACCAUCUCUGGAGAACAGCGUGGCAUCUGAUGGACACAUCAAAAGCAACACUGCAAGCACGACUAUGUUUUCAUCAUUUGAUAAAUGCAGCCUUGACAUUUCGGAAAAUGGUACAUCACCAAAUGCAGAUAAGUGAAAUAUUUGAUUGCUGGGAUAAAAACUUUCAGAACAAAACUUUACGUACAGAGGAUGAGCAACCAGCUGAUGCUACGUAUUGGGAUCCACGUGGCUGGAGAUUUCUUUCAAGUGAACACUUUACAAGGCAUCAAGUGAACCCAAUUCAACUACUGAUGGAAUUUCUAUGUACUAAUACUUCAAACAUUACAGAAUUUAAGAAUCACGUUUGCCAACUUUACUGCAAGAAAAUAUUACUAGAUACUCAUGACUUUGGUGCCCGUUUCAUCAACAUUUCAAAAUGUGAAUAGUCCCUUUUCCCAUUCAUUACCAAAGAGCUUUGUAUAUGCAUGAUCAUGGUUUGUAAAUGCUCCAAUGGAUUUCUGCAGAGUUAGUGCAAUAAACAUCCUGGCAAAAUAAUCUUAGAGGUAACACCGAUCAGACUCAGAUUUGGGAAACUCAUUAAAAUUUCUCAUUGGAUCGUAGUUGCACAUUGCAAACAAUAAUCUGCAAAUUAUAUAUUCUCAUCAUGUUGAAACAAGUCUACUGAGUCAAACCAGAAGAGCUGAUAACUACAUGAACAUUUUAUGAGGAUAUAUUUUUGUAUGUAGCUAUAGUUUUGUUGUUUGGUAAUACAAGAAAUAAUGCAAAGAAAUAAUCUGUAAAGUUUCACAACUUAAGAUUUAAACUUAAUAAAACCAGAAAACACUGGAAACAUUCAGAAUCUACGUAAAGAGAAACAAAGUUACCAUUUCAGGUCUAAAUCCCUUCAUCAGAACUGGUAAAGAGAGAAAAGCAAGUUCAUUUUAACUCCCAGGAAAGAUGGGAGAAGGACAUAGGCAACAUCUGUAAAAGUGUGAGGCUAGGGUUUCUGGAAUGAUAAAUUGUAGAGUUCCUCUGGUCAUUUGAUUAAUCGGUAUAGUUAGAGGAUGAUAAAACACACAAAAUAGUGAAAAAUUUUGUGAGAUGUGAAGCAAGUUACCAGAAAUUGUAGAAUUUGAAAUGCAGAAGACUGCAACACGCCCAGACAGAAGAUAAGGUGCUGCUCCUCAAGACAUCACUCUUUAUUUUGUAACUACUUAUUCUUCAUUGUUUGUUAUGGUACUCCUAUGCCCCCAUUAACCCAUUGACUGAAAGAUCUCUGCAACCCAUUUCUAUGGCAUCCUUAACCUCACCCUAUCAUUUAUGUUCUCGAUGUUCUAUUCCUUCUCCCACCUUCCCAACAACUUAAAACAUUUUGUCUUUUUUCCCCAAUUCUGCUGACAAGACUUAGUGCAGAAAUGUUAACUGUCUAUCUUCUCACAUGUGCUGCAUGCUGAGCAUUUGCAGAAUUUUCUGGAUUUCCAACAUCUGCAUUUUAGUUUUAAAGAUCCUUGUUUUAAUGAAUGGUUUGUUUAUAUUCCCGAAUGAUUAACUCGCCAAGUAACACGCAUAAUUGGUAAAUCAACUCAUCACUGAUCAUGGGAUCUUGUUCAGUUACUGAGUUUGAUGAUAAGAAAAGCAGCUUCACCCUCCUUAUUAAUGAUUAUCUCCAUGCAUUCUUAAAGGAAAUGAUUAAAUGUGAUAUUUGAAUCAUUAUGGAUUUCCAUUUUGUUCCAUGAGUUCCAUUUGUGUAUAUUCAAUAAAAUAGACAAGAAAGUACUUUAAGUAAAUUAUUUUAUAAACUUCAGUGUAUACCAUUUUGUUCAGAUGAGAUUUAGA